AUGGUGCUCAUCGAAGAGGUCGCGGCAACCCCAGAUCGUGCGAAACGUGACAGCGGGAGUCCUCUCGUUGUGAAGACGUUUCCAGCCAACAGCCGAUCGAGGAUGAGUGCCGACCCGAGCUUGAGUGUUGCGGAUAUAUAUAAUGCUUUCAAAACGUAUGUGAAGGAGUGCUGCAACGAUGAUGGGGCAGGGCUACUGAAAGCACUGACGGCACCUACAGGGACCUCCUGGAAAUCCUCGACACCGGUGCACUGGAUUGUGAAGCUAGAGCCGCUUCUGAGCGAGCUUCUGGCAAAGGUUCCAUCCGGUGUUUUGACAAGCAGGAAAAGCAAGGAAGCUUUUCGUCGUUUGCACGACGACUACCCUAUGCUGAAGAAUGUGAAGAAGCAUGAUCAUGAACAGCAGCUGCUUGUGUCGGACACGGUGGACACCCUGGACGACUCGCUCCGAAUGGUUUUGGCACAUAUUCGGGAUUUGAAGCUGUCAAAGACAUCCUUGGAGAGAGUUGCCAAAAAGGCCAAGACCGAGGAGCUGCGAGUGAUCCACAAGCUCUUGGACCAGAUCGCCCUGACUUCGGCCGAGAACCGAAUCCGCCAGAACAGCUUUGGAUCGGAGACGUCUGCAAGCAGCAAGAGGGGGAUGAUGGGUGGCCAGACUGCUCCAAGCAGGACAAGCCCGAAGAAGGCCAAGAUCGAUGAUGCUAUGAUUGGUGGACUUGCCAGCAGCAGCGACAACAGGGUGGAUCCGGCCGAGGUUUUUUCGAGGGUUCUUCAGAGGAAGAAUGCCUUCCUCGCGGCAGAGGAUGAGAGGCCGGCGGCUUCUUUUGGAGAUGAUGAUGAGCCCUUGCUCCAGAAAGUGCUCCUGAAUGCUGUGGAGCACUCGGAGAACGAGGAGGGCGAUGAUUAUAUGGAGGGGCAGGAAGAAGAAGAUGUGGAGGAGGAAGCUCCUUCGCAUGACGAUGGUGAUGAUGACGAUGAUCGGGCUUUGGCCAACGAGGCGAAAACGAGUGCCCCUGCGAACUGCAGUGGCUACACCUUGCGAAAGAAGUUGAAUACCGCUAGGAAAAAACUGAAGAACAAGAGCGAGAAGAAUGACAAGAAGAAGACCCCGCCGGCUGCAACAGCUUUUCAGUUGAGGCGAAUCCGUGAACAGCAGAAGAAAAAGGCUGGAAAAAAAGCUGAUGAUGAUGAG